CAAUCACAGAACAACACAAGCUGCCAUCGAUAACAAGCACGAAACAAACAAUCACGCUACAAACGACCUAAAAACACCUGGCAGCACGUGUCGCGCGCCAAUUUAUAGCGCGCCAUUUAGAGACGAAGUGAGCAUCAAUCCUUAGCUGCCACGCUCGCGCUGCGCCGGCAGCACCAAACCCGACAAGAUGGGUUCCGGAGAUCUGAAUAUGAAAAAGAGUUGGCAUCCCCAAAGAUCGCACAAUCUAGCAGCGACCCAGAGAGCCGAAGCCGAAGCCCUCGCCGAACGCAAGAAACUGCAACAGCGUCUUCAGGAGAUCGAAGAAGAGCGGAAGAAGGAAGAGAUUCAGAAGGCGCUUGAGGCCGCAGGCGGCAAGCCUCGACUGCAGCGGGUGGAAUGGAUGUAUUCCGGUCCGACCGACGGCCAGGUGGGCGACGCGGCCGAGAACGAAGCCUAUCUUCUCGGCAAACGGAGGAUCGACAAGCUCCUCCAGGACAACGACAUUAAGAAGUUACAGAAACAGUCCAGCCAGGAACUUCAUGCCACGGCGCCGGCCGCCGCCGUUACGAAUGCGCGGGAUGUGGCGGCCAAGAUUCGAGAGGAUCCGCUGCUGGCGAUCAAGCGGCAAGAGCAGCAAGCAUACGAAGCCAUGAUGAACGAUCCCAUCAGGAGGCGGCAGCUAUUAGCGUCUAUGGGCAUCGACGAUUCACAGGACAAGUCGAAGCGCAAGGAAGAGAGGCGACACAAGCAUCGCCAUUCACACCGUUCCCAUCGCCACGAUGACGAUGAUUGGGAUAGGGAGAUGGGCUCCCGCCGUCGUAGAUCGGACUCUAGAGACAGGUCGAGGAGUCCGAGGAGGUACGACUCGGAGGAGGAAGAUUGGAAAAGGCGGAGGAGAAACUCCCGUGAGCGCCGGCGAGACAGGUCCGAAUCCGGCGAUUCGCGAGAUGGGAGAAACAGGCGAGAUGGUCGAGGUAGAGGAAGCAGUCGCGAACGGGGAUAUAGGAGAGCGAGAACGGAGGAGAGUCGAAAUCAUUACAGACACGGAUCGCGCUCAAGGUCGCCACCGCCGCGCAGAAGGGACUACUCUCCGGACUACGAUCACAGGAGAAGGCGAGAGCGCUCAUCUGAAGGGCCCUCAUCGCGAAGACACGACCAAGACACCAAAAGCUUCCGCAACGGCACUUCGCACCAAACGAACCGCGACCACAAUGAUCGUCGAGGCAGCCCUCCUUCUAGGGCUCAUCGUCGCGGCACGAGCAAGGGCGACAGGGAUAGGGAUACUAUGGAGCAGGAGGAGCGUGCUCGCAAGCUCGCCGCCAUGCAGGAAGCCGCCACGGACCUCGACAAAGACCGUGAGCGCCGAUUAGCGAUGAUAGCGGAGCAGGAGCGGGUUGCGCAGGAGAUGGACGAGCGGGCGCGGCAACGUAACAAGCGAUUUGGUGGGGACGCCGGGUUCAUGAAUCAGCUCCAUACUAGGGCGGCCGAGCUCAAGGUUGCGGAUCGCGUGGGGAAGCGAUAGGCAGGCCUGGAGGGCUCAGUGACUACGGGGUUAGUCGAGGGGGUAUGAAUUGCCUAUGGAGCGGAGAAACUUGGAGGGUCUCAGAUUCAUGAUACGAGGAGUGAUACCCGGCAGUUAGGCUUCGUUUGGUUUGAGGAGGUAAUACGGAGGAGAAGGCAAGCCGUGUACGGACGUAUACUUGGGUUACGCUAUCUCCCCUGGGGGCUGUUUCCGCAUCAAAUAUUUGAAAAUGAAUGUUGUUACUGUACUUACCGCUUGUACUGUAUAAGCAGAGGGUUUGACGGGAUGAGGCCCGGAGCUCUGGGAGACUCGAUCCGUGGUAAGCUUGUCCAGCGCAGAUCAACGGUCAGUGCUUCCGACGCGAACUUUCAUGGCUGAUCUCGAGUAUCGUCAAUGCCACUCUUGAUAUCGAGGCAAGGUCUCGAUUAAAGAAAAAUUCCCAAAAUCCUCAUAGGAGG